AUGGCCAACUCCCCUUUGCCCUCAAACGCCAUGACAGUGCGCCUGUCCGAUCCUGCCUAUUGGCAUGAGUAUAAAAAACCCCUAACAUUGUUCCACGACCUCCCACCGUGCGAUAUUGCGGCACCCAAGACAGAGGUCAUAUGUAUCGUCUGUCAGAAACCUGGUUCACUCAGAUGUUCUCGGUGCCACGACGCCGAGUACUGCUCAACUGAUUGCCAAUACGGUGAUUGGGAUACGCACAAACUGAUUUGUGAGAAGCUGUCAUCUUUUUCCAGCGAACCCCGACCAUCCAAGGACCAUUUCAGGGUAUUGAUAUUUCCCUAUCAGGCAUCAAGUCCCGAAUUCUGCUGGGGAUUUUUCAAGAAACACGAAACCGAUUAUGAGGUUGAUGAGCUCAUCAUUGUACAUUCGACUAUCGACAGUUGGAAGGCAGCGAACGAAGGACAAUAUACAGGUCCAUGUGAAUGGGUUAUGCGUGUUCGUGCCCUCAGUCGGGACAGUGCUACACACGGAAAGAUUCUCGGGCACGCGGUCAGAAUUGCUUCCUAUAAGUCUUCUCAUAAAUUGCACAGCCAUUUACGCGGUUUCAAUGAGACAGUCCUUACCCUAGCCGGCCCUUUAAGCAAACGUUUCUAUGGUCCACUUGUGGCUUUGGCAUACAAUCUGGAUAGUCGGUCUCAUUUUGAGACUAUGGACGACAUAUCAUCUGCUGACUUUGGCGCGUUGGUCGAUGUCUUCCACAAGUCAGACUGGAACCCGACCAUCGGGCAUGUUGAGGGAUAUCCUAAAAAGACCGUUUCGGCACUUUUCCUUCCCGACGUUUUCAACUUUCAUCGCAUGUAUAGCUCUCGCCCAGAGACAACGUCAGAGAGUCCCGAUGAGCUCUCAAUUCGCCGCCUAAUUGGCGCGCAGGAUUCAGUCGUUGAGGUGAAUAUUGCUGCAACGCUAGACUCCAAACAGCUUUGUUCGCACAGUUCUUGCGACUUUGACGCUAUAUCAAUUAAAGAACUGUGCCUCGAUGGGGACAUAUUUCAUACACUACUACUGGGGCCUCUUCUCUUAGAUCUGCCCUGGAUUGGCAGGAUUGCUUUGUUCACUGAUGAUCAGAUUGACACUCCAGAGUACCGGUGUAUUGAGCACGUGCCUGAGAGAGAUGGAAUCAUAGUGUUCAGCGCAUUUGGCGUCAAAAUAAGCCCACUUCAUCUGAUUGCCUACGACGAGUUUAUGUUUCGCCAACUUCAGACUGAGAAAUCGAAACGCCAGCUUUCGAAGGCUGGCUUUUUGUCAUUCUGGAGCGACCUCAAGUCUGGCAAGGUUAAGAUAACAAAUGAACUCAAGACGCCGCAAUAUUCCCACCUCAAUCUUCUAGAAUUCUGGGGCGAUUCUAGACCGCGCGAGACCCAAACAAUGACACACGCCGAACUCGACUUCUCUGAGGAGUCGAGUCCAUAUGAUACUCCUACGGAUGCAAAGUAUAUCCUGACUGAAGACGAAACUCAGGUCUUUCUUCAUAUAAGGAAGCUUUUUCGGGAUCCAGACUUCGUGAGGCCUAAUCAGAGAGACUGGCUAGAGGUACUCUAUGAUGCCAAUACGCUUGUACAGGACAGGAAACUGGGUCCAGACUACUGGGCAGAUGAACUAGACAAGUUCUUUACCGAUUACUUGUCCUCUUUAGCACAGGAUUGA